AUGAGUCCUCACUCUCUCUUCCAUGCCGUAGCUCAACCGCCGAGCGACUUCAGUGAUAUCAGUUCUGACUUCAACAUUCUGUUAGGUAAGUCUACUAGUCGUUCAUCGUUUUCGGAAUUGCUAGUCAAACUUUUGUCAGCCAUUCUCCUACCAAAUCAAGCCAACGUUCCUUUAGCGUUUGAGAAAGUCAAGUCAUCAAAAGAAGAAAUGAAAGGCAAGAGUCAGGAUAGAAUUAGCGAUCUUCCUCAAGACACAAUUGAAAAAAUUCUGACUCAUAUGCCAAUCCAAGAUGCAUUGAAGACAAGCAUUUUGUCUCGGAAAUGGAGGCAUUGCUGGAAGGGAAUGCCUAAACUUGUAUUUGAUGACAAGUACUUGAAUACCUCACCAAGUAGCAAAGAAAUUAAGAGAUAUAAGUUUGUCAAUGCCAUCUUCCAUGUUUUGAUGCUACACAAUGGUCCAGUAUUAGAAUUCAGUAUCUCUGUUAAUAUCAAUACAAAAAUUGAUGAUGAGAUUGACCAAAUAAUACUCCAUCUUUCAAAAAGCAAAAAUAUCAAGAAACUAAUCUGUAAGUUUUGGUCAAAUGACGUCAUGAAGUUAUUAUUUUUUAAGCGCUACAAGCUACCCUCUGUGUUCUUUUCAUUACACGGACUAGAACACCUGCAUCUCACACAUUGUGUCAUUGAGCUUCCAUUAAAAUUUAAUGGAUUUAUUACCUUGAGAAGUCUCGAGUUAUGCAAUGUCAACAUCACUGUGAAGACGCUUCAACAAUUACUUACCAAUUGCCCAAUACUUGAGGAAUUUAUACUGAUUGGAUCUCAAAACAACUCUAUUGCACUAGGAAACAAGUGUACAUUUCUUGAGCUAUCCAAGUGUUUACCUUCAGUUCAGGUUCUGAAAAUCUCUAAGUAUUCUAUCAAGUUUGCUAAAGGCAGCAUGCAGAAACUCCCUACUUCACUAGUCCACUUGAGGAUACUUUUUCUUGAUUUGUGUUUUCUGAAACAAGAUGAGCUUUCGAAUGCUCUCAGUGUGAUCAGAAGCUCCCCAAAUUUGGAGAAGAUAAAAAUAGAGCUGUGUUGGAUCCAUAUGCUGUGUGGUGAAGAAACUUGCAAGGGCUUGCUUGAUCUUCAAGACUACUAUUUGGGAAUGAAGUUGGAUCGCCUUGAAGAACUUGAGAUAACAAGUUUCCAUAACUAUGCUCCUGAAAUGGAGUUUGUGAAACUUAUCAUGGCUAAAUCACCUAUGCUUAAGAAAGCACGGAUAAAGCUUAAUUCAGAUGUUUCUGUGGAUCAAGAAAAUAAGAUUCUUCGAGAUUUGUUGCGAUUAACAUUUCCACGUGUAUCACUAGGAGUGGAUGUCAUUGUUGAACGCUAAACAAUUAUAUAUGUGGAUGCAAUUGGGCUUUUAGUUUUCUUUGUUAAGUUUAAGGAUUGUUGAAGCACAAUGCCUUUAUUGUCUAUUUGAACUCGUUUAAAUGUCUUUUGUGGAUUGAUUGUUAAUAUUAUGAUAACUGUUGCUUUAUGCAUUUGUCUUUUGCUCAUUAUUAU